CGACGAUGGAGUCCGAUUCAGACUCCGACGGCUCUCACAUCUCGGCCACUCCGCCGCGGCCGCCAAAGCCCACUCUCAUCUCCUCCUACUCCUCCAGAUCCAAGCCCUCUCACUCCACCUCAAAACCUAAACAGCUCUUCUCCGAACCCCCCGUACCCGCCCGACCCAACCCGUCUCCUCUUCUCUCCCCCGAUUUACCUUUCCAGAUGAUCCGCCGCACGCCCGGCCUAACCGUCGCCACCGCCAGCACCGUCUUCACCGCAGGGUUUAUCUCCAACUUCGCGCCGUCGUUCUCCAAGAAUCGACGAGUCCGCAGCGUCGAUUUCGAUCCGGACACGUACGACCCGCCGUCUACUUUCUCAGCACCGCCGAAGUCAGAGGAGGCUGGUAUCCCCGCGUCUGGCUCCGAUUGGGUCCCGCCGCCGCCACAGCCCAAAGCUGAAGUGGCUAAAAUUGUGAAGAAGAACGUGAAUCUGAUCCGAGGUAAUGCUCCGCUGCCGGCGGUGAAGCUCAAAGGCGGAGCUGAGGGGAACUUCGUCAAGCUCAACCUGAACGGAAGGAAGCGCAAGUUUCUGAACAAGGGCAGAAGAGGAAAUUUCACUUCUUCUUCCUCAGGUCGCCGGAAAUUUUACCGGAAAGGUAAAAGAAAAUUGAAAGCGGGAGAUGGAAAUGAGGAGGAGACUAACGGCGAAGAAAUAACGGAAGCGAUGGCCGAGCAGCAGAGCCGGAAAAAGGCCAAGAUUUUCGACAUGGAAGCUUUUGAAGAGGCGGCGGCGGCGGCGAGGGAGGAGAAGUCUGAUGAGAAUUUGGUGAAGCUGUUGAAGCUGGCUUAUGGUUAUGAUUCGUUCCGGGAUGGACAGUUGGAGGUGAUCAGGAAUGUGCUUGCCGGAGAGUCGACGAUGGUUGUAUUGCCGACUGGUGCAGGGAAGUCGUUGUGUUAUCAGUUACCUGCUGUGAUUUUACCUGGUGUGACUUUGGUGGUUAGUCCAUUGAUUGCUUUGAUGAUUGAUCAGCUUAAGCAGCUUCCUUAUAUGAUUCGCGGCGGUCUUCUUAGUAGUAGUCAGACGAUGGAAGAAGCUUCGGGGACGAUUAGGCUGGUUCAAGAAGGGAGCAUAAAAGUGCUUUUUGUAUCCCCCGAGAGAUUCUUGAAUGCAGACUUCCUGUCUAUAUUUUCUGCCACCCCGAUAUCUCUUGUUGUGGUGGAUGAAGCUCACUGUGUGUCUGAAUGGUCACACAACUUCCGGCCAUCAUAUAUGAGGCUCAGAGCUUCUAUGCUUCGAGCCAAGCUCAACGUGAACUGCAUUCUUGCAAUGACAGCUACUGCCACAGCAACAACUUUGAGUUCUGUCAUGUCAGCUUUAGAGAUUCCUCCGACCAGUCUCAUUCAAAAAGCCAACGUAAGGGAUAAUUUACAACUGUCAGUGUCAUCAAGUGAAAACAGAAUGAAAGACCUGCUGAAGUUGAUCAAGUCUACUUCCUUCAAGGAUGUUCAGAGUAUCAUUGUCUACUGCAAGUUUCAGUUUGAAACAGAAAUGAUAAGCAGAUACUUACGUGACAACAAUAUCAACGCAAAGAGUUACCAUAGUGGCAUCCCUUCAAAAGAUCGUACUCGUGUGCAGGAGUUAUUUUUCACUAACAAAAUUCAAGUGGUUGUUGCAACUGUGGCUUUUGGCAUGGGUCUUGACAAGAGGGACAUCGGUUCUGUGAUUCAUUACACCAUACCAGAAAGCUUGGAGGGAUAUGUUCAGGAGAUCGGACGAGCUGGAAGAGAUGGAAGGUUGUCGUUUUGCCAUCUUUAUUUUGAUGACGCCACAUAUUUCAAACUUCGAAGUCUUAUGUAUAGUGAUGGCGUGGAUGAAUAUGUGGUAAACAAAUUCCUGUGCCAGGUAUUCACCAGUAACGAGAACUCUCAGGGAAAAGUUUCUUCAUUGGUUAAAGAAACCGCAUCUCGCAAGUUUGAUAUGAAAGAAGAGGUGAUGCUCACUAUUCUAACGCAGUUGGAGUUGGGUGAAGUGCAGUAUUUGCAUUUACUUCCAGAGACCAAUGUAACAUGCAUUUUGAAUUUUCAUAAGACUUCUCCAAUUGUGCUUGCUGAAAAGGAUGUUCUUAUUGCAGCCGUUCUGAAGAAGUCUGAAAUAAGGCAAGGACAAUAUGUGUUUGACAUACCUACUGUAGCGAAUAACAUUGGAGUUACAACAACCAUCUUAUCCAACCAUUUACAGAACUUGAAGGUGAAAGGAGAAGUAACAUAUGAAGUCAAGGACCAAGCCUUCUGUUAUACAAUAAAGGAGGUCCCUGCAGAUCUUUGUUCUCUAUCAGCAAAGCUUACAAUUUGGCUAUCAGAUGUUGAACGUUGUAAGGUGCGGAAGUUGGAUGUGAUGUAUAAUGCAGCAGUCUCUGCUGUCAAUGCAUGUGAGAAGAUGGAAGGUUGUUCUGAUGGCCAGCAAACACUAUGUUUGCAAAAGAAGAUCUUGGAGUAUUUCAGUGGAGAAGAUGAUUUUGAUGUCCCUAAUAAGAUGGGUAAAAGCAGCCCCUUUCUGCAAGCAGAUAUUAAAGUGUUUCUAAAGAGCAAUUCACAGGCCAAAUACACCCCCAGAGCUGUUGCAAGGAUAAUGCAUGGCAUUCCAAGUCCAGCAUAUACUUCUGCAUUUUGGUCAAAAACUCAUUUCUGGGGAAGAUAUACACAUAUAGACUUCCAGGCGGUAAUGGAAGCAGCAAAGGCCGAAUUGAUCAAUUUUGUGAGAAAGGAUGCAGUCUAGCGGUCAGUUAUAGAGCGGGACACUUUCUUGUUUAGUGAUUCAGAGGGAGGCUGCUGAAGGUAAUAUAAUUUUGUGAAUUGUCAAUAUGAUACUAAUUGGUCAGUCCAAUUGAAGAAUUUUGUUGUCUUUCCAAUUCUUGCAGCCUGAAAAGAUACGACAUCUUCAACCAGCAUGGAAAAUACUCAACAGUGAUGAAUUCUCAACUCAGGUGCAAUGAAAAUAAGUUAUGGUAGGUCAGCAUCAAGCUGCUCUAUCUUUCUCCUAUGUUUUGAGUAAAUCUCGCUGAGUCGAGCAACUUCUGUGAAUGCUUCUGGCAUUCCUUGUUGCCACAGGAAAUGCAAAGCAUAAAGCUACAUCGACAGAGCAGAGGCGUUGAUUGUUGACCCAGAAAGGGUACAUCAAAUUUGAAGAUUAAAUUAGUCCGAGUAGAAUACACGAGCAGGUUCAAGAAUCAAGAUGUGAUAAUGAAGCAAUCAUAAGGUCGUAGAGCCAUUAUGCUAUGGUUCUGUACACGCAAGGUGGCAAGGGGGAGGCGCCAAGCAAGGUUGAAAGGUUUGUCAAUUGUGAUUAAAGAAAAGUAAAUUGGACGUAUUAUCAUGGAAUGUCAAAUCAGUUCCUCUUGUGCCAAUUUUACAGACAAUCCUACCUGAUUCCAUGUCUUGGAGCAAUUUGGACUGUCCUUGGGAUUUAGGUUAAUACAUUCAUUUCUGUUGAUCCACUCACUAUUUUGUAGGAGUUAUUUGUUUGCACGAUUAUGUUUGGGGUCUAGCAAACAAGUUUUAUUGAUCAUAUAUUGUGUA